AUGAAGGGCAGGGCCUUGCUCCUUUGUGCGUCUGGCCCGCUGCUGGUCUUCAGCGGGCAGACUAUCGCCCAGGAACAGCAGAUGAAAGUCGUGGUGGCACAAAUCCAGAAAGUCAGCGACCCUCUCCAGGGCCCUUUCCGUCCCUUUAUGGAAUUCAACGUCGGCAACCAAGCCUUUCGGGGCUUGCUGGACACGGGCAGCAGCGACUUGACGGUGCCUCAGGCUGGGAGCCCCAUAUGCAACCUUGAGCUGCAGCAAUGCAACGACAAGGGGACCGGCUUUACCACUGGGUCCUUUGAUCCAAAAAAGACGGAAGACGCGGCAAAAGUACAAGACGCGAACGUGCCUCUCAAUACGUCCUUCACCGGCGGGGCUGCCUUUCAGGGAGAAUUCCUCAAGGCGCCUUUUCGUGCCGCUGAGGACUCGGAUCCCGUCAAUCUGCAGUUCGGGCUCGUGCAGACUGGCAAUCCGCCGUCGGAGGAUUCCCCCGUCUUUCCCGUCAUCGGGGUCGGCCCGGAACAGGGAGAGUCAACGACACAGAAGAGCCCGGACAAUACUUACCCCAACAUCCCGGCUCAGCUUCAACAGGAAAACGUAACCAAGUCGAGAGCUUUUGGCGUUGGCCUGGGCGAAUUUGGCUCUAAACAGAAUGGAACCAUCAUCUUCGGCGGUUACGACCAAGCCAAGAUAGACGGCAAGAUGGAAAAGAUCAGCAUCGAGAAAUUACCGGACGGAUCUCAGCCAUCUUUCGUGAUCAACUUGAGCUCCGUACGAAUGUCAGGCACCGGCAACGACGGCGGCAAUAAGGAGACACCUCGAGGUGAAGGCAACAGUCCCGAGAGCAACGGAGACCGACGCCGCGAUCAAGGGAGCCACCGAGAUUCCAGACGACGCAGGCGGGCCUUCUCGGCGCGACAGGCCAGAGUCCGGCGCUCUCACCCGGCCCCGCGCCCGGUGUACAGACGCGCCGCCAGCCGUUCAGAGGCGGAGAUCCUACGUCGGCAGCGCGACGGCAACAUAUUGACGGACGAGCUGCCCCCGGUCGUGCUCAUCGACUCGGGCGAUCCAGGCGUUACCCUUCCCGUGGGCACGGUGAAAACUAUUGCCCAGGGGAUCGGGGCCCAGUUUAGCGAGAAAGACGGGAGCGUUUCUCCUGUAGAGUGCAGCCGCCUCGAGGGCAAGGCGCUGACUUUCGGCAUGGGCAAUGACCGAGCCCAAAUCAAGGUCCCUCUUGAAUCAAUGGUCCUCGGGCCUGCUUUUGAUCAGCCGCCUCCAGGGGCUUCGGGACCGGGCUCUUCAGGGAACGGUGGCGGCGGCAACUCUGGACAGGCAACAAUCUCUCGACGAAGCAACAGUACAGAGGGUGGCAACUCUCGGCAAGGAACCGAUGGAGAGUCCCAAGGGGGCUUUAGAAAGUCUGGAGGCCCGAAAAUGUGCCAGCUUACAUUGAGCGCCGGCGACCCCAAGAACCCCGACGCACUCAACAUCCUCGGCGCGCCCGCCAUGCAACGCAUGUACAUCAUAUUCGAUGAAGACUCCAAGUCCUUGAUGGUCGCCCAAGCCAAGGUUAAUGCGACGGAAACCGAUAUUCGGGAAUUCAUCCCCGGUAGCACGGGUCCAGGCGGUUCCGAGGACAAACAGAAGGGCGGCAAAGAUUGA